CUAAUAAUUGAAUUCACAUUAUAAUAAUAAUGAACAUAUUGUAUCUGAAAUUAUGCCAAAGGGACAAGACCCAGUAUUACAAACACUUGUGUGAGACUAAGUUUCUCAAAACCACCAAAGGAAAAAGGCUUGAUUUCAUAACCUUUUUUCUGGGGUCGUGCUCACUUGGCUUAUAAAUCUAAUCCACAUAAUUACAUUUCAUGCUUUUGCAGCGUUUUCUUGUGAGUUAUAACCAGUUGUAGGAGCUGUUUGAAAGCAAGCAAUCAUGUCAACUUUUGAUGGAAACAUGGCUCCUGAUAAGCUUGAGGGAAAACAUGCUGCUAUGUUAGUAUGCUGGAUUCUCGGAAGUGGGUCCCUCUUGACCUGGAACAGUAUGCUCACAAUUGAGGAUUAUUACGGCUUCCUUUUCCCACAAUACCACCCCUCAAGGGUCCUUUCCCUUGUGUACCAGCCAUUUGCAAUUGGAACACUUGCAGUGCUGACAUACAAUGAGGCGAAAAUCAAUACUAGGAAAAGGAACCUCUUUGGAUAUGUGCUACUUUCAAUUGGUUCUCUAUUGGUUUUAGUUCUGGAUGUAGCAACCUCAGGAAAAGGAGGCCUUGGGACGUUCACUGGAAUUUCUGCCAUUACUGGUAUGUUCGGUUUUGCAGAUGCUUUUGUACAAGGUGGAAUGAUUGGAGACCUAUCCUUCAUGCAAGCUGAAUUUCUUCAGUCCUUCCUUGCUGGUUUGGCAACAUCAGGGACUCUAACCUCUGCUUUAAGGCUGAUUACAAAAGCAGCAUUUGAGAAUUCUAGGGAUGGUCUUCGCAAAGGAGCUAUUCUAUUUUUUGCAAUUUCUGCAUUUUUCGAGCUUCUUUGUGUUAUUCUCUAUGCAUAUAUCUUCCCAAAAGUACCCAUGGUGAAAUACUAUCGAUCAAAGGCAGCUUUAGAAGGAUCCAAAACUGUUUUAGAUGAUCUUGUUGCUGGCGGCAUCCAAACAUUACUCCCAGUAGAAACAGAAGAAGAUACAAAACAGCAGGACCGGCUGAGCAGCAGAGAACUUUUGAUACAGAAUAUUGACUAUGAAAUUGAUUUGUUUCUGGUUUAUGUGCUUACCUUAUCUAUUUUCCCUGGAUUCUUAUCUGAAGAUGCUGGAUCACAUAGUUCGGGUGGAUGGUAUAGCCUAGUUCUGAUAACAAUGUUUAAUGUGGGAGAUCUUGUUGGAAGAUACAUUCCACUUCUGCAAUUGUUGAAGCUGGAGUCACGAAAGGGUCUCAUGAUAGCUGUUCUUUCUCGAUUUUUACUUAUCCCAGCAUUCUAUUUUACUGUCAAGUAUGGGGACCAGGGGUGGAUGAUAAUAUUAACGUCCUUCUUGGGGUUAACCAAUGGUUAUCUCACUGUCUGUGUGGUUACUUCUGCUCCAGAAGGUUACAAGGGACCAGAGCAAAAUGCCUUGGGAAAUUUGCUCGUCUUUUUUCUCUUUGGUGGUAUAUUUGCUGGCGCUGCGCUUGACUGGCUGUGGCUGAUAGGCAAAGGAUGGGGUGUGAAGUUGAUAAAGCUGUUGCCUUAUCUGGUUGUGUAGCUGAUUGCUGAGCGUCGAAGUGAUGUUUAUUUCUGAAAGAAGGGUCAGGAUAUUGUACUCAUAGGCAUGCAACCAUAUAUAUAUAUUCAAUUCAGUAUCCGUAUGUGUUCUGUGAGAUUCUGCAUCAGUGUGCUUAAUUAUAAUUAAAAAUCUUAAUGGCCUUUUGACUCACUUGCCUGGUUUUCUUGCCUGUUAUUUGCCAAUAUGCCUCUAAAGUAGAUGCAGUCUAUUUCCCCAAGGACGAGGACUUGGUCUUGGCAAGCUUGGACCAGACCAAAAGAGUAAAUCCUGCUUCUCAUGUUGGUUUGAUGGUUGAAGGCACACUCCAAAAAUCUAGAGCAGAUGUGGGAUUACAGAUAGGCCUUCUUUUGUCAUACUGGCAAACCUCUCUUAUGCCUCCUAAAUUAAGGCCGAAUUAAUUGAUUUUAACUCGAAACGUGUUUCCUAUACAAUCAAUGGAACCUUUUUGGCUUUUGGAUUA